CAUGCAUCAAGAUCUGAGCUGAGGUGGAGUGGCUGGGCUCAUAGGAGAUAAUGUCCCCUGGAACAACAGCUGACCUACCUACAAGUUCAGCCUGGAGUAGUCCUUCUGUGAGAAGGUCAAGGGGGACAGGCUGUCAUCCUGGUUGGGUUCUGCUUUGGAAUGUUAGAAAGGACAUAAAGAAGGUGGACAGAGAAUUAAGGCAAUUGCGAUGUAUCGACGAAGUCAGCUCCCGCUGCCUGUGUGACCUGUACAUGCACCCAUACUGCUGCUGUGAGCUGCACCCCUACCCCUACUGCCUCUGCUACUCGAAGCGCUCAUGCUCCUGUGGCCUGUGUGACCUCUACUACCCGUGUUGCCUGUGCGACUACAAGCUGUACUGCCUUCGCCCAUCAUUCCGCAGCUUGGAGAAGAAAGCCAUCCAUGCCAUUGAGGAUGAGAAGAGAGAGCUGGCCAAGCUUCGAAGAACAACAAAUAGAUUCCUGGCCUCCUCUUGCUGUAGCAGUAACAUUUUGGGAUCAGUGAAUGUGUGUGGCUUUGAACCUGAUCAAGUCAAGGUGCGAGUGAAGGAUGGAAAGGUGUGUGUAUCAGCGGAGAGGGAGAACAGGUACGAUUGCCUCGGAUCCAAAAAGUACAGCUACAUGAACAUCUGCAAAGAGUUCAGCUUGCCGCCAUGUGUAGAUGAGAAAGACGUAACAUACUCCUAUGGGCUCGGGAGCUGUGUCAAGAUCGAGUCUCCAUGCUACCCUUGCACCUCUCCCUGCAACCCUUGCAACCCCUGCAACCCCUGCAAUCCCUGCAGCCCCUGUAACCCCUGCAGCCCCUGUGACCCUUGUAACCCCUGCGACCCCUGCGACCCCUGUGGAAGCCGAUUUUCCUGUAGGAAGAUGAUCUUGUAAGGUGUAUGUAAGAACUUAUGUCUUAGCAGAAGUCAAGCACUCCCAUCAGGCAGCUCUUCCAGCGUUUCUCCCCUUCCCAUAGCCUGUGCUGUUUAAGCACAUAGGAA